AUGGCGGACGAUAACCCCGCUCCUGACGCUCAGGAGAUCCAGAGGCUGGUGCUAGCUGCCGCUGAUGCUGCUGACGCCCGACAACAGCAAUCUGCACCUACAUCCGCGGACGCUACCAUGCAGGACUCAACCGCAACACCUGCCGUCGCCCCUACUGUCACAUCAACACCUCUCCACGUGCAACUCCCACCUCACAUCUCUGCAGACCAGCUCACGCUUGCGUUGACAACACUGAGCGACGCAGAGCCGCGCCCGCUCAUCACCACUGAACGUAUCCAGUCUCCCGAUGCCGACCUAGUGCUCCACCUCUACGACAUUGCUGUCCGCUCGUUGGGUUGGAAAGAGCAAAUCUCGACGCUUCAAGAAGCUCAGCAAGGCUCCCAAGCUGCUCAACAGGCCGCUCAAGACCUCAGCCAUCAGCUGGAGCAGGAGCUUGAAAAGGAGAGAACGGCGGCGCUUGAAGCUUCGCGUCUCAAAGACAGUCUACAGACUGAAGUGGUCAACCUUCAAACUCAGAUCGGCUCCCUGCAGACCUCGCUUGAGAACGAAAAGCGAGAGCACGAGGCCGCCAAGCAGACAAGCUCAGAACUAGCAGCCGAGCUAACCGCCUCUCAGGCACAGACUGCCGCCCUUAAAAUCGACGUCGAGACGGAACGCCGAGCAAAGGAGCUCGUUCAAAGCGAAAAGGAUCGCCUUUCCGCGGAACUGGUUGGCGUCAGUGCACAGCUCACCACACUCAAAAGCUCCACGGAGACCGGCGUGCGUCAAGCUGCCGAAGUUCGUGGCAGGCUCGAAAAGUCCGAGCAGGAGAAGCGCGACAUCCUAGCCAGUCUUCAGCGAGAACGCGAGGAGAGCACGCGCAAGGCCGAAGAGAUCAAUACGCUGCUCACCCGCAAUCGCGAUGCACGCCAGGAAAUCUCACGCCUCGCCACAGAGGUGCAAGAGUCGCGCAGCCAAGAAAACAUCGCCAAGUUCAAGGUGCAAGGUCUCGAGCAGGAGAUCCAACUCACCAAGAAGGAUGCCGAGUGGGCCCAUGACCAGCUGCUCAAGCUCAACGAAACCUCCGCCACCUUCCGCGCAACCAAACGCGCCGAGCUCAGUCGCGUCCAGGCCGACUUGGAUAUGGCCCGUCAAGAAGCGGCCGUUGCACGCUCCAAGGUCGAAUCUCUCCAAGCCGCGUACAACGAGGCCAGCACUAGGCUCAGUCAGACCUCGGACAAGGUUGCAGAGCUUUCCGGCCGCCUCGCAUCGCAGGAAGACUCGUUCCGCUCUGAGGUUAGCAGCCAGAGUCAGCUCGUCAAGCUGCUCGAAAGGCGUGCCGAACACGCGUCGCAACGAAUCGCUGAGCUCGAAGACCAGUGGGAAGAGGUGCUCGAACAGUGUCGCCAGCGAGAGCAAGAGGCUUGGACAGAAACAGAGAAAGAGGCCAAGCUCCGUGAAGCUCUCGCAAAGGAGAACCAUGAACUCUCUGAGGCGCUCGACCGUCUUGCAGAGGGAGUCGGCAUCGGCCAAAGUCAGCGCGAGAACGGCGACGCUUUCCUGGACCAAACCCUCGAUGCUGCGAGCGAUGCCGGCGUCGACUUUGAUGUUCGCAGCACGGCUUCGACACCACGACGAGCAGGUUUGAUGGGCACAGCCUCUUCCUUCAACAACAGCUUCGGCAUCUCACCCACCGCAGAAAUCGCCAACCGAAUCCGCAAGUCCGGCAAGAGCUUCAGUCAAAUUUACAUGGAGCUUGCCAAGACACAAGAAGAGCUUCGUCGCGAGAGACUCGAAUCCAAGCGUCUGACUUCGGUCCUAGCUCAGGUGAUGGACGAGCUGCAGGAUCGGGCACCGCAGCUGCAGGCGCAACGCGAAGAGACCGAGCGCCUUGCUACCGACCUCGACGAGAUGGUCGGCCAGGUCGCUAUUGCCUCACAAGAGAGAGAUACAGCACAGGCCGAGGCCAAGCGUUUGCAGCUCGAUCUCGAGCGCAUCGGUCGCGAGAACGGCUUCAUGUCACAGCAGCUUGCCGACUUUGGACGUCAAGUGCGCGAGCUCACCAAGGCCAUCAUCAUGCGGGACGACCCUGACGCCGCUGCACGCCUCGAGGACGACGGGAGUCUUCUUGCCGAGCUGGAUGCCAUUGCUCCUCUUCCUGAGGCGCUGCCCGAAUCCGACACACAAGCCGUCAUCACCAACGAGCUCGUCACUUUCCACUCUUUGACCGAGCUCUGCAGCCAGAAUGCCCGGCUUCUGCAGGUAACGCGCCAGCUCGGGGCCAAGAUGGAAGAGGAGGAGCGCAACUACAGAGCGCGCCUUGCCGAGGACCAAGACGAUGCUGUCAACGAAGCGCGCGACCUGAUCGUGCGACUCGAAGAUGAAGUGCGACAGGAGCGUUACAAGGUGGAGGAGGUCAGCAAGGAGCGAGAUCUCUUCCGUCAGCUCUGUGCUACGGGCGGUCGCAGCGGCGAUGCCAAGGCAGGUGAAGAGGCGCCCUCGAGUGCCAAUGUGGCCACCAGCUCUGGCCUGCCUCUUGCUGAGUACGAGGCUCUGCGGUCUCGACACGAACGCCUCAAGACCGACACCGACGCCGAGCUUUCCCGCUAUCGUGAAGAGGUGCGAUCUCUGCAGAUAGAGAUGAGCAAGACCACCGUCACCUCGGCGCGUGAGCAAGCACUGCGUCAAGCUGCCGAGGACAAGUACGCCAACCUGCAACGAACCUUCGAACUCACCAAGACCGACCUGGACGAUCUGUCGAAGCGAGCAACGCAACUCCAAGAAAACUUGGCGCGCCGAGAUGUCUCUGUGCAGAUGCUGGAGGAGCAGCUCAUCCAAGCCCAAUCCAGCCAGGAGCAGCUCCGCACGCAGGUCGCGAGCUUGCAGGCCGAAAAGGAGAUCUGGAAGUCUUCCGAGUCUAAGCUGCUCGAAGAGAAUCGCGCAAUGCAGGUCGAGAGAAACAACCUGCAAGAGCUCGUUCGCACCACGCAAGCCAUGCAGACCGAGCUCGAACAAGGUGGCCGCGACAUUAAGUCGCGCCUCGAGCAAGACGUCAAGAGGCUCGAAGAGAUCAACGAAGAUCUCCGCAGCCGUCUCGCCGCCGAACAGGAUCUGUAUCGUCAGCUCAGCCUUCGCCGCGAGAUUGAGACCAAAGACCUACAGAGCCGCAUCGAUCUGUCCAGCUCGGAGCUCAGCAGCGCUCGAGAAGCGCUUGCCAUUGCCCGAACCAGUGCGGAUCACACGCAGCUGCGCGUGGAGGACUUGACUCGGCAGCUUGAGUCUACACAGGAGAAGCUUGGCAUCUACGAACGCCGCGACCAGCUCUCGCGCGAUCCUGUCGCGUUCCGUGCUCAAGCUGAUGUCGAACUCUCGAGGGAAGAGCAGCUCGAGAUCGAGCUGGCCGACCUGAAAGCCGGAAGGGCAGCCGCGCAGCUGGAGGUGCGGAAGAGCAAGCUCGAGGUGGAGCAGGCUCUAGCCGCAGUCGCUGAGAAGGAUGCUGCCCUCGCUUCUUUGACGCAGGAGCAUGAGCAGCUCAGGAACAGCACUUCAUCUGAGCUAUCAUCCAAGGCUGCCGAGAUCGACGCGCUACAGCAGCAAAUUUCUAGCGCUUCGUCUCAGCUCUCAGCUGUCCAGGUCGAGCUGCAGGAUCUGAAACAACAGCUGGACACUGAGCGCGCGGCGUUCCAGGCUGAGAAGAAAUCUCUCGAGGAUGCCAUUACAGAGCUCGGCACCGUCGAGGAGCGUGCUCGCGCCGAGCAAGAGGAUGUCAAGGGCGAGAUUCGCAAGCAUGUGCAAGCCGCAAAGGCGGCCCAGCUCAAGCUCGACGAAGUUACGAAACAGGUCGAGACGCUCACCACCGAUCUUGCAGACGCACGGGAACAACUCAAGAAAGUUCGACAGGAAGCCGGCGCGCUUCGCAGCUCCAAGGACUUGGCCGAAGCCGAAUGGGGCCGAGAGAAAGCCAGCUGGGAUGCCGUGCGCCAGGCACUUGAACGGGAAAAGUCAGAUCUCAAGCACAGGAUCGACGACCUCACGAUUCAGAAUCAGAUCCUCCACACGCAUCUCGAAGCCAUCAACGCGCAAGCCGACCAAAUGCGCCAGGCUGCGGCAGCACCUCUCCCAAGCGCUGACGUCGACAUGGAGCUUGAUCAGGCCAGCAACACUGUGGCUGCUUCCAGUGAGUCAGCUCCCGCUGCAGCGGCGGAAGGUGCCGAACCAACGGUCGAACCGACAGCACAAGCCGCAGGAGCGUCUUCUGAAGGCACCGGCGACAGCGCAGCAGCUCGAACCGCUGGGGAAGCAACGACGUCGGAGGCCCCUGCCGCUCCAGCUACAGACGUCGUGCAGGUCAAGAAGGAGGAGACAAGCACUUCAGGCUCUGAGCUGGCACACUCACUCAUGAAGCGUCGCGUUGACGAGCUUCACGAAGUGGUUGGAUUCCUCCGACGUGAAAAGGGAGUCGUUGAAUCGAAUUUGGAGAUCAACAAGCAAGACGUGUCUCGUCUAAAGCAGACAGUCGAGCAUCUCAACAAGACGCUCGCCGAGACGCGAUCCGAGCUCGACGCCGAGAGGACCAAGAACGUGUCCACCGCCAGCAGCGCCACUCAGCAUUCGGAGCUGCUCGAGAAGAUCAACCAGCUCAACGAGCUGCGCGAGAACUACAGCACGCUACAAGAGAGCGCAAAUCGUGCAGAUGCGCGCAUUGUUCAACUGGAUUCCGAGCUCAGAGCGGCGAACACGGAGCUUGAACCCGUCCGGGAGCAGCUGCGCAAUGCACAGAUCGAACUCGAAGCAUCGCAGGCAGAACUCAACGUGUUGCGCGAGGACAGCAAGCGAUGGCAAUCCCGAGCUCAGUCGCUUCUCCAGACGCACGGCAUCAACGAAGAGAUGCAAAAGGUCGAACAGCAGCGUGCUGAAGCCCAGCAAAAGGUGGAAGAGACAGAGAAAAGCUUGAAGGAGAAGGAAGCUGCGACGGAAGCCCUCAAGACCGAGCUGGAAGCUUCCAAAACCAAAUUUGAAGCGCUCAGGGAGCAGGCGCGAACGAGAAUUGCUGCCGAGCGAAAGGCGGUCGCUGAGAUUCAGGAGAAGUUGGCGGCUCUGCAACGGGAAAAGGACGAGGACGCAGCCAAGUAUGAGGAGGCAAUUGCGACGCACGGGGCCAACCUUGCUCAGCUCGUCAUCGAGCGAGAUGCUCUGAAGGAGCAGCUUGAGAAGGCUCAGGCUGCUGCUGCAACUUCUGCUGUCGAGGGCAUCGCACCUGCUUCUGGCACAGAAUCUACUACUGCGGACGACACUACCGCACCUGCCACCCUUGAUGGUGACGAGUCGGCGGCGUCCGCCACUGCCGGCCAACAGGCAGCCAUCGAAGCAGCGGUCGCCGAGGCCCAAAAGCAGUUCGAAGAGAUCAAGGCCAAGCUCGAAGCGGAAAAAGCAGAGGCCGAGGUGAUGCGUGACAAGCAUCUCCAGAGAGGAAAGGAGUUCCUUCGAGACAGACGCGCAGCCGAAGCCGAAGUCAAGGCCCGCGACGAGACAAUCGCCCAGCUCAAGCAGCAGUUCACCGAGAACAACGCGGAAGCGAUCGAAAAGGCGGUCCAGGAACGUCUUGCAGCCGCCAACGGUACCGUUACGGGCACUCAUGCCGCAGACACCGACUCGGAAGUGGCCGCGCUGCGCAUGCGUGUCGCCGAACUCGAAGGCAAGCUCCAAGCUGCCGAGACGAGGAUUCGGGAGCUCGAGGCUCAGCUUGCUUCCGCCGGCAGUGGUGAGCCGAUCUCUGCUGAUGUUGCAGAACUCAAGCGGGCCCAUGCUGAGGAAUUGCAACAGCUGCAGGCGUCGCUCGAGGACAAGUACGCACAAGCACCUGCCGCCCGUGGCGAAGACGGCGACAUCGAAUCGCAGGUGCAACUGCGCCUGAAAGAACUCGAGGACGAACGCGAGGUCGCUGUGCAGGAGGCCAUCGCUGCUGCGGUCUCUGCUCGCGAGACUGAGCUCAAGGCGCAGUAUGACGAGACAGCCAAGGCGCGCUUCGAAGCGGGUAAGAACGAGGCCAACUUGCGCAACACGCUCAUGAUCAAGCAGAAGGACAACAAGAUCGCUAAGCUCACGGCCGAGAUUGCCGCUCUCAAGGGCGAAGAGGCGCCUGGGGCUAGUGGCGGUGCCGCACCCGGUAGCACGCCGACGGGCCCCGCUGCUGCGGCUGCCGGUGCUGCUGCUGGGGGUGGAGCAGGAGGUGGACUGCCAACGCGACCGGGAGUGUUCAGUCGAGGCGCAGCACAAGCCGGCCGAGCGACCGCACGACCUGUCGUAGCCAGGCCGAUCCCUACAGGACCCGCCAACGCUACUACAGCUGGCGGCGGCGGCGGCGGCGGCGCUGCAAAUACGACGCCAACCACGAUCGCCUCGAUCCGCGGCGCAGCCGCUGCGGGACGAGGCGGGCGCAUCGCCAACGCUGCCGCGCGUGGGGGGCGCGGCGGUGCAACUGCAGGCGCCAAACGCAAGCUCUCCGCCCAGGGCCUUGCCACGGCCGCUGGCAACGCGGGCAAUGCCGGAGGUGCAGAGGCUGGGCAGGGUGGCGCGAAGAAGCCUCGCGCUGCGGGGGCUCCGGUUGCGAUCAAGCGGCCUGGUCAGGGUGGACAGGGGUCGUAG